AUGUCAUCGGUACAUAAACACAGCACUCAUGAUGCCGCAAUCGGUAAAUUGAGAAGAGAUUCAACUGUAUUGGGUCAGAUGAACAAAAUCUUGGUUGCCAACAGAGGUGAAAUUCCUAUUCGUAUCUUCAGAACCGCCCAUGAAUUGUCCAUGCAAACUGUUGCUAUCUACUCCCAUGAAGAUAGGUUGUCCAUGCAUCGUUUGAAAGCAGACGAAUCCUAUGUUAUUGGUAAGAAAGGCGAAUUCUCCCCAGUUGGAGCUUAUUUACAAAUUGAUGAAAUCAUCAAGAUUGCCAAACAACACAAUGUCAAUAUGAUUCACCCAGGUUACGGGUUCCUUUCUGAAAACUCAGAAUUCGCCAGAAAGGUCGAAGAAAGUGGAAUUGCUUGGAUUGGUCCAAGUCAUAAGACAAUUGAUGCAGUUGGUGACAAAGUCAGUGCUAGAAACUUGGCUUUGGAAAACAAUGUUCCAGUCGUUCCAGGUACUCCAGGUCCAAUUGACUCCGUUGAAGAAGCUGAAGCAUUUGUGGCCAAAUACGGAUUCCCAGUCAUUAUCAAAGCUGCUUUCGGUGGUGGUGGUAGAGGUAUGAGAGUUGUUCGUGAAGGUGAUGAUAUUGCUGAUGCCUUCAAGAGAGCCACUUCUGAAGCUAAAACCGCUUUUGGUAAUGGUACUUGUUUUGUUGAAAGAUUCUUGGAUAAGCCAAAGCAUAUCGAAGUUCAAAUUUUAGCUGAUAACUACGGUAAUGUCAUUCACUUGUUUGAACGUGAUUGUUCUGUUCAAAGAAGACAUCAAAAAGUGGUCGAAAUUGCGCCUGCUAAAACCCUUCCAAAAUCAGUUAGAGAUGCUAUUUUAACCGAUGCCGUCAAAUUAUGUAAGAAUGCCAACUAUAGAAAUGCCGGUACUUGUGAAUUCUUGGUUGAUGAACAAAACCGUCAUUAUUUCAUUGAAAUUAACCCAAGAAUUCAAGUCGAACACACAAUUACUGAAGAAAUCACCGGGGUUGAUAUUGUUGCUGCUCAAAUCCAAAUUGCCGCUGGUGCUUCAUUACAACAAUUAGGUUUACUUCAAGAUAAGAUAACCACUAGAGGUUUUGCAAUUCAAUGUAGAAUCACUACUGAAGAUCCAACCAAGAAUUUCCAACCAGAUACCGGUAAGAUUGAAGUGUACAGAUCUGCUGGUGGUAAUGGGGUCAGAUUAGAUGGUGGUAAUGGAUUUGCUGGUUCUAUCAUUUCUCCUCAUUAUGAUUCUAUGUUGGUUAAAUGUUCCACUUCUGGUUCCACUUAUGAAAUUGCCAGAAGAAAGAUGUUACGUGCCUUGAUUGAAUUCAGAAUUAGAGGUGUCAAGACCAACAUUCCAUUCUUAUUGGCUUUAUUGACCAAUGAAACUUUCAUCACUGGUAACUGUUGGACUACUUUUAUUGAUGAUACUCCAUCUCUUUUCCAAAUGAUGAGUUCUCAAAACAGAGCCAACAAGAUCUUGGGUUACUUGGGUGAUUUGGUUGUUAAUGGUUCUUCCAUCAAGGGCCAAAUUGGAUUCCCUAAAUUAGCUUCUGAAGCCACCAUCCCAGAAAUCCACGAUCCAGCUACCGGUAUUGCUAUUGAUGUUCACAACACCCCGGUUCCAAGAGGUUGGAGACAAGUUUUACUUGAAGAAGGCCCAGAAGCAUUUGCCAAGAAGGUUAGACACUUUGACGGUACUUUAAUCACCGAUACCACUUGGAGAGAUGCCCACCAAUCUUUGUUGGCUACCAGAGUUAGAACUAUUGAUUUGUUAAACAUUGCUCCAACUACUGCCCAUGCUCUUAGUGGUGCUUUCUCUCUUGAAUGUUGGGGUGGUGCUACUUUUGAUGUUGCUAUGAGAUUCCUUUAUGAAGAUCCAUGGGUCAGAUUAAGAAAAUUGAGAGCUGCUGUUCCAAACAUUCCAUUCCAAAUGUUACUUAGAGGUGCCAAUGGUGUUGCUUAUUCUUCAUUACCAGACAAUGCCAUUGAUCACUUCGUGGCUCAAGCUAAGGAAAACGGGGUGGAUAUUUUCCGUGUUUUUGAUGCCUUGAACGAUUUGGACCAAUUGAAGGUUGGUGUUGAUGCCGUUAAGAAAGCUGGUGGUGUUGUUGAAGCUACCGUUUGUUACUCUGGGGAUAUGUUCCACAAGGGUAAGAAGUACAACUUGGAAUACUACUUGGAUGUUGUUGACAAGAUUGUUGCCAUGGGUACUCAUUUCUUGGGUAUUAAAGAUAUGGCUGGUACUUUGAAACCACAAGCUGCCAAAUUAUUGGUGACUUCCAUUAGAGAAAGAUACCCAGAAUUACCAAUCCAUGUUCAUACUCAUGAUUCUGCUGGUACUGGUGUUGCUUCGAUGAGAGCUGCUGCCCAUGCGGGUGCUGAUGUUGUUGAUGCUGCUUCUAACUCUAUGUCCGGUAUGACUUCUCAACCAUCCAUCAGUGCUCUUUUGGCUUCUUUGGAAGGUGAUAGAGAAACUGGUCUUUCUGAAUCUAAGGUUCGUGAAUUAGAUAACUACUGGGCACAAAUGAGAUUAUUAUACUCUUGUUUCGAAGCUGACUUGAAGGGUCCAGAUCCAGAAGUUUACGAACACGAAAUUCCAGGUGGUCAAUUAACCAACUUGUUGUUCCAAGCUCAACAAUUAGGAUUAGGUACCAAAUGGGUUCAAACUAAAGAAACUUACAAGAUUGCCAAUAAGCUUUUGGGUGAUAUUGUCAAGGUUACUCCUACUUCCAAGGUUGUUGGUGAUUUAGCUCAAUUUAUGGUUUCAAACAAUUUAUCGGCUGAAGAUGUUAAUCAAUUAGCUGCUGAAUUAGAUUUCCCAGAUUCUGUUUUGGAUUUUAUGGAAGGUUUAAUGGGUACUCCAUAUGGUGGAUUCCCUGAACCAUUAAGAACCAAUAUUUUGGGUACCAAGAGACAAAAGUUGAGUGCCAGACCAGGAUUAACUUUGAAGCCAGUUGAUUUCUCCAGUGUUCGUGAAGAAUUGGUUUCUAAAUAUGGUGCCAACAAGGUCAAUGAAACCGAUGUUGCAUCUUAUCUUAUGUAUCCAAAGGUGUUUGAAGAUUACCGUAAGAUUGUUGACAAAUACGGUGAUUUGUCAGUAUUACCAACCAGAUAUUUCCUCAAGCCAGUUCAUAUCAGUGAAGAAAUUGUGGUUGAGAUUGAACAAGGUAAGACUUUGAUCAUUCGAUUAUUAGCCAUUGGUGAAAUUCUGGAAAGAACCGGUACCAGAGAAGUUUUCUUUGAGUUGAACGGUGAAAUGAGAUCCGUUACUAUUGAAGACAAGACUGUUUCUAUCGAAACUAAGACUAGACCUAAGGCUCAACACUCCAACGAAGUUGGUGCUCCAAUGGCUGGUGUUGUUAUUGAAAUCAGAACCGAAAAGGGCCGUGAAGUCAAGAAGGGUGAUCCAAUUGCCGUGUUGAGUGCCAUGAAGAUGGAAAUGGUGAUUAGUUCACCAGUAUCUGGUCAUGUGGGUGAUAUAUUGAUUAAGGAAGGUGAUUCUGUUGAUGCUAAUGAUUUAAUCACCAGUAUUUUGAAGUAA